UUCUAGAGAGAGAAAGAGGAACGGAUGAGAGAGAGAGCUCUCCCACUCUAAAAUAUCUGAGAAACUUUUGCUUUUCUGUCACACCAUUUUCAUAUAUUCUUAGGAUUUGUGUUUUCCCACCGGCAGAUUUUACUCAUCACCCGGCCGAUUUCAUCGUUAUCUUCGAUCCUCACUAAAUCUAUUUCUCAGAUUGCUUCUCCAAAUCUUGUUUGUUCUUAGAUUUGUUCCAAUAGCAGUCUCCAGAUUUGUCUAAAACAUUACAAUUUUUUAUCAAUUAAAAAAAAAAAAAAAGAAAUUAUUAUUGUUGUAUCCUUACGUAGUCGAUGCAGCAGUCGCUGUUGAUUGCAGUCUGCAACCUUUAUUGAAUCCUUGGAUUGAAUUUUCAGAAGAAUCAAUAAAUCAAUCGGUGAUAACUCCGGCGGUGGUGGCUGAAUUUGGGGAAUUUUCAGAUUAGUAAUUUUAAUUAAUCAUAAUAAGGAAUUCAUCCGCCAUGGCAAAAGCUUCUUCGAGCAUCAAUAAAUGGCGCAAUUCUUUCGCGAACACGAGUUCCGACAUCUUUGAUAUAAUCAGGCAUGCAGUAAUAGUGGCGGCUUUCGAUUGCCCUCGCGAGCUCAAGCUACAGAGGGACGAUAUUACAGAGCUUCUCUACACUUGUGGAUUGCCGACGUGCCGCUGCUGCGGCGGCAAGCUCGAACUCGCCUUGUCCCGGAUGGAGUCCCGCGACACCAAGGAGAGCGAAGCUAACGACGCCGACCGCUGGAAGAAGAAGGUCGAAAUGGAUCGGAUUAAUGAAGAAGAUGAAGAUGAGGAGGAAGAUGAAGAUGAGGAUAAAGAUGCUGAAGCACUGAAUAAUGAGGAUGAGAUGGAGACAAGGAAGAUCGAGCAAGUUUCGAGGAUCAAAUCUCUCAUCGACGACACUGGUGGUGAUGAAAAGCCGGAUGCUGCAAUGUUAGAAUUGCUGAGGCAGCUUAGGCAGAUACGUUUGUCGGUGGAAAUUUUGAAGGCAACCGAUAUUGGAAAAUCUAUUUCCAGUUUGAUGAAGCAUCAAUCAAGGGAUGUUCGCCAACUUUCUCGGGCAUUGAUUAAGGAAUGGAGGAAAGUUGUCGAUGAGUGGGUUAUCGCAAGAGCUGCCACAGCAGGUGACGGAGCUGCGAAAGAAUCGACGGAAAAAUCAGAAGAUCAAGAGAAGGGGGGCCUCGCGACGCCCCCUAUGGAUGUAGGCGCUCUAUCCGCUGCUCCAGCAAAGAUGAAGUUAUCAAAGAUCUUCGAUGGAAUCGACAAUGACGGGAAAAUCAGAGAUGAAGAACAUCUACACAAGACCGAGGAAAGUGGCCGGAAAAGGAAUUUGAAUGAUUCACGCCCGAGCAUAAAAUUCGAUAAUCCAACCGCGGAAAGGGAAGCCCCACCAAGCAGACCAAAUAGGCCCCCUAAAAGCCUACCAGCCCCGGCAAGACCACCGCCCAUUCGACAAACAGCCAUCCCUAAACAGCCAUCUGAGGCUCGGAACGGUCCUAAUACUCAAAAGAAAACUCCGGUUUCUUGGCUGAAGAGAGAGGCCUUAACCAAUAAACAGGGUAAGAAGCCUGUCUUGUCGAAGCCAAAACCAAAACCCGCGGCUCAAGUGAAGGGCACCAUUCGGGAUACAAGACCGAUGCCUCGCCCCAAUGAGCCGAACCGCAACAAUGCGUCUUCAAUCGGGGCGAUGCUAGAGAUCGCCAAACGGAAACUUCUGGAGCGCAAUCAAGAAUUGGGAAGAGCCAAGAGGCAGAAGACAGAAGAACUGGAGCUGGGAGAGAUCAAGCCACAGGCCACCGUUCAGCGUGGCCCAAGGCCGGGUGGGACGGCCGUGACAACCUUCUCCUACAGAUGGUGAGUUCGCUUUUGCUGUUGAUG